AAAGGAGUGACAACAUGGCCGACAGCGGUACUGUCCUCGCGCGUGAGCGUUCACAAACCCGGAAGUGACAUCAAAGCUGUCCGUGGUGCUGAAACCUUGAUCAGCAGCCGUCACCAGGAAGAUGGAUGUGGAGUUGUCAUCACCUCUCAACAAUGCCCAGAGCCACAGGGACAGCACCCCUUCCAGUUGUAAACCCAGCAGUGUUCCACAGUGCAACGUGGCCGCCGAGCGCAGCACCGUGCUGCGAGUGUCUGAGUCACACGGAAUGGAGCUUCUCUGUGUGCUCAGAUCAUUUCGUAAACAAGGAAUACUUUUUGACUUCAUGAUAAAUGUCCAGGAUCACAGUUUUCCUUGUCAUCGCUGUGUCCUUGCAGCAUGCAGUGAUUUUUUCAGGGCGAUGUUUGAGGUGGAUAUGCGAGAAAGAGAUGAUGGGUCGGUAACCCUUGGCAACCAGAGUCCAGUGGCUGUGGAUUUCUUUCUGGACUUUGCAUACUCUGGAGAGGCAGUCAUCACUGCCAGCAAUGUGGACAUGCUGUUUCAACUUUCCUCUUAUUUGCAGGUGUCGGCCCUAUCCAGAGCAUGCGGGGAGUUCCUAGCAGGAGCCAUGGAUCUCUCUAACUGUCUGUCUCUCCUGUCUCUUGCUGAGGACUAUGGCUCAACCUACCUCCUUCAAAACGCCAAUGAGUUUGUGGCCCAGAACUUCUACAGCUUGUCUUUGACCAAGGAGUUUCUGAGUAUGCAGGUGAAGGUGUUGGAAACGUGCCUCAGGACAGAUGCUAUAAAUGUGCCCAGUGAGGAGGCAGUGGUGAUGGCACUUCUGAGAUGGAUACACCAUGACCUCCCUAGAAGACAGAAGUUGUUACCAGGAUUAUUAUCUCUAACCAGACUCCACCAUGUACCAGCAGCUGCACUAACGACUUUGUGGGAUUCAGACCCUCUCCUCUGUCAAGACGAAUCUUGUCUCACCCUGUUGUCGAAGGUCCAAAGCAAGCAGAGCAAGUACAGCGGCCUGUUCACUGACGCCAGGCCAUCCACCACACACAGCUACAUCUUCAUCUACAAAACGGAGCGUGUCCACCACACCUUCUGCUACAGUCUUGAAACAGAACAGUGGAAAGAACUGGGAUUGGAGCACAGUGGGCCCACACUUACAGUGCCAGACCCACCGGGUUGCUGCUUUACUAGCUUUGCAGAGAAGAUAUUUGUGACAGGUGGUUGUAGGGGAAACUGUAGUCGGACAAUACGCCUCCACGUGGGUGUGGAGUUCCACGAUGCCACAAACGAGGUGUGGUGCUUCUGUCCUGUAACCAGAGACGUCACAUCUGUAAAGGCUAUGUUGAAGCCUCGCACCAUGCAUGCUGCUGUGACCUGCCUGGGCCAAGUGUACGCCAUUGGGGGGUGCACCAGAGGGUUCAAAGAGGGAGCAUCUAGUCUGCUGGAGGUGGAGUGUUACAACCCUCUGUCUCAGAGCUGGAGCUUUGUCAGUCAACUGCCAACUGCCAUCUUCUACCCUGAGGCCACUGUUUGUGGUAGUAUCAUCUACAUGUUGGGAUCAGAGGUGGAGAUGUCAGACCACUUCAACCCAUCGCUGGACUGUUUCCUCCGCUAUGAUGCCCAACUGGACCAGUGGUGCCGCUUAACACUUGGCCUUGGCCAGGUUUUCCACGCAACUCUGGUCAAGUCAGUGUCAGUUAGUAGCAUGCUGUACUUCUGUGACCUGUCCACGUAUAAGGUGUACAGUGUUUGUCCAGAGACCUGUACAAUGGAGGAGGAAGGGUCAUUGGAAUAUGCAGGGUUUAAUGCUGGGGCAGUGGCUGUAAAGGACAGGAUCUACAUUCUGGGAGGAGAUUAUUCUCCUGAUGAGAUCAGUGAUGAAGUUCAGGUGUUCUACACUGGGAGGAGUCAGUGGGAGUUAGUGGCGUCCAUGCCCCGAGCGCUUACAGAGUUUCAUUGCCAGCUUAUCAGCUUCAGCAGUUACAGAGACCCAUGGGCUGAAAGAACAUGAUGCACAGUGAGCAGACCUUCUCCAACUCUGCACACACCACUGUUGGCUCGUCUUCUUUAUCUUCCAAACCCUGUCGUAAAUAAGCAUGUAACCCUUGGCAGAUCAUCAAAAAGAUAAUAUGGAUGCACCAGAGGCAAAUUAAUUACUUAUUUUAAUUCAAAACUCAGACUUUUACAUUUGUGUGUAUGAAGCAGCUGCUGUGAUUGGAUCCUUGCCGUGUCAAUCAAAAAAGUUGUGCCUCUCAUGGAGUAGCCCUGAUGAGUGGAUGACUGUUUUAUUACCUUAUAUUUUUGUAACAGAAUUUUU